GGAGGAGGAGGAGGAGGAGGAGGAGCCGAGAGCGUGGAGCACUGGCGCCCAUGGCCCCUGCGGGGCCCCCAACCCGGCCAAGAGCGGCGCGCCCUUCCAGACGCCGACCGCCGCAUCCCCUCUCCAUCUUCCGGUCUGGCCGAGGGGGUCGCCGCCCGGGCACUUUUAGCGCGGCCGGCAUGCGACGAGCGCGCGCGCGCGGGCGCAGGAGCCAGUCUCCCUCCCAGCGCGCGCCAGUGGAGGAGGGGCAGAAGCAGGGGGAGGGAGGAGGAGGAGGAGCAGCAGAAGCAAGAGCACAAGGAGGACGAGGAGCGCUGGAACAGGGCUGCACGCGCUCCCGGCGUCGGUCCACGCGGAUGCCUGUGCUCACGGCGGCAGCCAGCCCUGCCCUGCGGUCCACCCCGAAACCACUACGGGGACGGAGAUGAGCCAGGCAAGCUUCAUGACUCGGCUGACUGCGGCCAAUCGGCUCCACAACUGCCGUUGGUCGGCGGCGCCCAUGGGGGGAGGGCCGCAAGGGUGGGCAGCCUCAGCAGGCUCACGGGCCUCCGGCCUCCCGGGGAGGCUUUGGGGGCCUGCUCCGAAGCCACACUCGGGCUUCUCGGGAGACCGGGGGGGCUUCUCAGAGGCCUCGCCGCCUGCUGAGAAGGCCUGCCCCCCUCCCACGUCCACCCUCGACGCGCAGCCGAGCCGGGAUGACGAGCGCGGUAUGCACAUGAUCGGUGCAUGCGCAUAAUUCCCUUCGCCCGAAGACGGCCCCGCGCAAAUCUUACUGCGACAGGGUCUUGAGGCACUCAAGCAGCUGUGACAGCUCCUCUUCGGAGAAGGCCACGAGGUGCACUUCCUUCAGCCCCUCGUAGCUGUUGCUCGAGACGCUGUUUAUGGCAAUCAGCAGUAUCUCACGCAGUGACUGAGGCCCCCUG